GUCCGGUUGCAGCUUAGUCCGGAAGUAAAGCUCGCUCUAAUGUUAUGGAUCAUGUGAAACAUUCAGCUGUAUGAUCAAUACGUGUGUUAUGAUGCGUUGGCAUGUUUACAGAAUUCAUACAUGAUUUGCGAUCAUCAUAUUAGGUAUAAUGUGGGGCAGUCAGUCAUUUGUGGGAGGUGUAAGGAGGACUCUGAGGCUCGAUGUCUUUAAAGAUGUUGCUCGUCAGUAUCCUUUCAUCUUCUGUAUCUUUACUGUCAUGAUCUCAUCCACCAUCAUACUCAACCAAUAUCUUCACAUCCUGCUGAUAUUCUGGUCUUUUUUGGCUGGCGUCAUCACAUUUUAUUGCUCUCUCAGCCCUGAAUACCUGCUACCCAAUAUAUUCAUUACAGUCAAAAGUAAGAGGAAACCACAGGAACAACAGGAGUUAUUCCCUCUGGGUCACAGUUGUGCAGUAUGUGGAAAGAAGCAGUGCACACGUCACAGACCUACACUUCUUUUAGAAAAUUAUCAGCCGUGGCUGGAGCUAAAGGUGCCGUCUAAAGUGGAUGCCAGUAUUUCAGAGGUUUUUGAGUUAGUCCUGGAGAACUUUGUGUACCCAUGGUACAGAGAUAUAACAGAUGAUGAGGCGUGUGUGGAUGAACUGAGACAGACGAUCCGUUUCUUCGCUGCGGUUCUGGCUCACCGAGCACAAAAGGUGGAUCUUCCUUCAGUUGUGAUGGGUAAAAUGAUGAGAGCUGCUAUGAAGCACAUUGAGAUCAUUGCUAAAGCACAACAGAAAGUGAGGAACUCUGAAGGUCUCCAGCAGGCGGCUCUCGUCGAGUACGGUGCAGAUAUGCACGUGGCUCUGCGUAGCCGCAAAGAUGAACUGUUGUAUCUGAGGAAACUGACAGAGCUGCUGUUUCCUUACGUCGUGCCUCCUAAAGCUACAGACUGCAGAUCUUUGGCUCUGCUGAUUCGAGAGGUCAUGACUGGUUCGGUUUUUCUCCCAAUAAUGGACUACAUAGCUGACCCAGACACAGUGAAUCACAUGGUGCUCAUCUAUAUUGAUGAUACUCCACCUGAGCCGGUGACCGAUCCCCCAUCUGCACUUGUGCCGUUCUUGAAAAAGUUUGCAGAUACCCGCAACAAAAAAUCAUCUGUGUUAAAGUUGGAACUGAAGGAGAUCAGAGAGCAACAGGAUCUUUUGUUUCGCUUCAUGAGUUUUUUAAAGGAGGAAGGAGCGGUUCAUGUCCUGCAAUUCUGUCUGACUGUAGAGGAGUUUAAUGACCGUAUCCUGAGUCCCGAUUUGAGCGAUGCAGAGAUGCAGCGUUUACAUGAAGAAGUUCAGAAGAUGUAUGAAACAUACUGUCUGGAGGAGAGCAUUGAUAAGAUCAGCUUUGACCCCUUCAUCAUAGAAGAGAUUCACAACAUUGCUCAGGGGCUGUACACAGACGUGGUGAAGCUCCAGACGAUGCCGUGUUUGUUUGAGGCGUACGAGCAUGUGCUGUCUCUCCUGGAGAACGUCUUCACACCCAUGUUCUGCCACAGUGAUGAGUAUUUCAGACACCUGCUCUGGGGUGCAGAUUCUCCUGCUAGAAAUUCGAAACUGAACAGGAAUUUAAGUUUGGAUGAUUUAAGGAACUCAUCGAAACGCGGCGAGUCCUUUGGCAUCAGUAGGAUUGGCAGUAAGAUCAAGGGAGUCUUCAAGAGCAAUGCAACGGAAGGAGCCAUGCCGCCACAAUAUGCCAUGAUUGAAGGAGAAGAUGACUUGGUGGAAGAGGCAGCGAUGGUGUUUGAGGAUGACUCUCCAGGGCCCGUAGAGGGCGCUGGGUCUCAAGGAACACAGCGUAAUCUUUCUGCAUGGACCGUCUCUAUCCCUUAUGUGGACUUUUAUGAGGAGGAAGUUAAGAGAGAGCGCAUCCUAGUCUUCUGCAUCGAUGUGGAACGGCAUGACAGGAUAAAUGCGGGUCAUGAGAUUGAAAGCUGGUCUGUGUACAGAAGAUACCUGGAGUUUUAUGUGCUGGAGUCCAAACUUACAGAGUUUCAUGGUUCAUUCCAGGACGCCCAGCUUCCUUCCAAAAGGAUCAUUGGACCAAAGAAUUAUGAAUUCUUAAACUCCAAACGCGGUGAAUUUGAGGAAUAUUUACAGAGACUACUGAAUCACCCUGAGCUGAGCAACAGUCAACUCCUGGCUGAUUUUCUGUCUCCACACAGUAUGGAGUCUCAGUUUGUCGACAGAACGCUGUCAGAUGUUAACCUGGGGAAGAUUUUCAAGUCUGUUCCAGGAAAACUCAUCAAAGAGAAAGGACAGAAUCUGGAGCCGUUUAUUCAGUCUUUCUUUAGCUCGUGUGAAUGUCCUAAACCCAAACCCAGCAGACCUGAGCUCACAAUCCUCAGCCCCACCGCAGAAAAUAACAAAAAGCUAUUCAAUGAGUUAUACAAAAACAAUGCCAAUCUGCCAGAGGGACUGGAGAGAAAACACAACCAGAAUUACUUUAUGGAACUGAUGGAGGUGGACGGAGCGUAUGACUACAUCAUGUACAUAGGUCGUGUGAUAUUCCACAUGCCCGACUGGCUUCAUCAUAUCCUGAGCGCAGGUCGUAUCCUCCUGAAGAAAACUCUGGAGGCGUAUGUUGAACAAUACUUCCAGUUCAAACUCGAGCAGAUCAUGCAAGAACAUCGCCUCGUAUCUCUCAUCACCCUAUUGCGAGAUGCUGUCUUCUGUGAGAAUACUGAGGAACGUUCUCCUGAAGACAAACAGAAACGAGCCAAGCAGACCUUCGAGGAGAUGAUGAACUAUCUGCCAGAUUUGGUGGGGAAAUGUAUCGGUGAAGAAGCGAAGUUUGAGGGUGUGAAGUUGCUUUUCACUGGCGUCCAGCAACCACUGCUUAAUAAACAGAUAACGUAUGUUUUACUUGACAUCGCUAUUCAGGAGCUGUUCCCAGAGCUCAGUAAGAAUCAGAAGUCAGGUCUCUCUGUCUCCUCCACUAGACGGAUGUAAGACAUAAUCUGAGAUCGUCUGACACUAUAAUGUCACAACAUUGGAUUUUAUUGGACUACUAAAAUAAAAUAAUUUAUUUACUUUA